CUGGGAGGGACUGGGGGAACUGGGAGGGACUGGGAGGCGGCGGAGCGGGGCAGAGGGGGCGGGGCAUGGAUGGAAGGAGCUGGGGGAUGUGGGGAGUUGGGGUGUGCUGGGAUUUACUGGGGUGUACUGGGGGGCCAUGCUGGGGUGGGCUGGGAAGUAAUGAGCUACACUGGGGUGUACUGGGAUGCGCUGGGAUGUAUUGGGCUGUACUGGGGAGCCAUGCUGAGGUGGGCUAGGAGGUACUGGGCUAUACUGGGAUGAGCUGGGAUGAGCUGGGAUAUACUGGGGAGCCAUGCUGAGGUGGGCUGGGAGGUACUGGGCUAUACUGGGAUGUACUGGGAUGAGCUGAGGAGCCCUGCCAGGGUGGGCUGAGAGGUACUGGACUAUACUAGGAUGAGCUGGGAGGAGCUGGGAUAUACUGGGGAGCCAUGCUAAGGUGGGCUGGGAGGUACUGGGCUAUACUGGGAUGUACUGGGAUGAGCUGAGGAGCCACGCUGGGCUGCGUGGCGGUGUACUGGUCCAUACUGGGGCGCACUGGGCUGCUCCCGCCGGGGCAGCGGGAGCUGUGGGUGUCUCUAUCCCGGAGCAGAAGGGGAAAUCCCGCGGGGCCGGCACCAGAUCGAAGCAGGACAAGCCCCGGGCGCAGGCCCGGCAGUCCAAGAAGGGGUCCCCCAGAAGCUCCGGGCGCACCUCGAUCCAGCUCAGCCCGUCCCCGGAUGCCGAGCCCCCGGAGCCCCUGGACGUGGAGCCCAUCCUGGAUGAGCUCCUGGAGCGGGUCCUGAUCGAGAGCGCGCAGGCGGCCGUGGCUCGGCAGCGGGUGCCAUUCGUGGUGUCGCGGGCGCGGGACGCCAUCCUGUUUGUCGCGGAGUGGUGCUUCCUGGUGCGGGAUGACACGGUCCCGGAUCCCACGGGGGACCCGGAUCCCGAGCGGGACGGAGUCUGGAAGGAGGACGAGGAGCCCCCAGCCGGCCUCUGGGACUCCUGGACACCGAGCGUUCUCGCCGUCGCGGAGGCCUUUUCGUUCUCGGAAGAGCUCUUGUCCGAGGAUGUCUUCGUGGCAGCCGAGGCCGAAAGUCCGCCCGUGAGUCCCGGCGAGGUUCCCGCCGCUGCGCCCGCCCUGGCUGUCCCUCUGCCCCCGGGCCAGUCCCGGUCCGCAGUCGCCGCCGUUCGUCCCGCUCAGCUUCCCGGGCCACGACCGCCCCGCCCGAAGCCGCUCAGCGUUCCCCAGCCCCGCGAGAGGGGCCGCUCACGCACCCGAGCCCCCGCGAGGGGCCGCCCACCCUCCCGGGCUCCCGGGAAGGGCCGCUCACCCACCCGAGCCCCCGGGAAAAGCCGCUCACCCACCCGAGCCCCCGAGAAGGGCCGCCAGCCCCCGGCUCAGCCGCCGGCCGCGCCUCCGGAACCCGCAGCGCCCGCAGCACCGGAGCCCCGCGAGGGCGCGGGGAAGGUCGACGAUCGAGAGCCACCAACGCCAUCCUCCUCCAGCUCCAGCUCCAGCUCCAGCUCCAGCUCCAGCGAGCCGUCCAUCCAGUCGUGCAAACCCGCCCGCAGCGCCGGGGUGCCCCGGCUGCGUGUCCGCCGCGGUGCCGCCCGCUGGGUGCUGCCCGAGGUGAAGGUGCUGGACGUGAGCACCGAGUCCGAGCGGCCGCGCUUGGGAGCCUCGCGGACCCGGAUGCUCCUAUCGGGAUCCCACGUGCAGGUCGUCCCGGGAACCCCCAGGGCCCCUAGGGUCGAGCCGCAGCUGUGCGACCCCUGGCUGGCCUCGGUCCACCUGGCACCCGGUGUCACCGUGCGCUGGGGCGGCUGCGAGCGGCGCGGGCCGGCUCUGGCGGGGCACGGCGGGGAAGAGCUGGGGGACGAGGCUUUGAGGAGGGCGGAGAAGGACCUGAAGCCCAUCCUGCCCCACCCGGAGUGCCGGCUCGCGGAGUACGGAGAGUCAGAGUGGCAGGAUGACCCGCUGGAAAUGGAGCUCCCGGGGCUGCCCCUCCCGGCGCCGUUGCCGGCUCUGGGAGGAUCCGGGUCGCCCCGUGUGUCGCCGGUGCAGUGGCUGGCACCGGGCGUGGCUUUGUCGGACGCUCCCGGAGAUCGGGGCUCUUUAUCUUCUCAGAAAUAAAUAAAAAAACCA